GCCACAGCUACUGAGUAGAGGACCUGGGUGGGUUUGCGUGGAGGUAACAUUAGCUAGCAAGCAACAAAAACAAACUCUGCUCUCUGAAAACUGUUGAACGCUGUAAAUCCACUGCUAGCUCGCUAACAAGUCCGUGUUUCCAGACGACCCAGAAUGAGUCUGGACAAAGCAAAGCUAUGCGAUUCGUUACUAAAUUGGUUGCAGACAUAUCAGGUGCCCUCCUGCACCAGCAAGCAUGACCUCACCAGUGGAGUGGCCAUUGCUCACGUCCUACACAAAAUAGACCCCUCUUGGUUCAACAAGACAUGGAUGGGCAGGAUCAAAGAGGAAAGUGGGGCCAACUGGCGCUUGAAGGUCAGCAACCUGAAGAAGAUUCUACAGAGCAUGCUGGAGUAUUACCAUGACGUUCUUGGCCAACAAGUCUCAGAUGAGCACCUGCCUGACGUGAGCCUGAUUGGAGAGAUGGGAGACGGGACUGAGAUGGGCCGACUGGUGCAGCUGGUGCUGGGGUGUGCGGUGAGCUGCGAGAAGAAGCAAGAACACAUUCAGCAGAUUAUGACGCUAGAGGAAUCCGUCCAGCAUGUUGUCAUGACGGCCAUUCAGGAG